AUGGGUCGUUCUCCUUGUGAGAACAUUCAGGGCAUCACCAAACCUACGAUUCGUAGGUUGGCGAGAAGAGGUGGUGUUAAGAGAAUCAGUGGUUUGAUCUACGAAGAGACCAGAGGAGUUCUCAAGAUUUUCUUGGAGAACGUGAUUCGCGAUGCUGUCACCUACACCGAGCACGCUAGGAGGAAGACUGUUACUGCCAUGGACGUUGGCGUCGGCAUGACCAAAGCAGAUUUGGUGAACAAUUUGGGAACCAUUGCACGGUCUGGCACCAAGGAAUUCAUGGAGGCCUUGCAGGGUGGUGCUGACGUCAGCAUGAUCGGUCAAUUCGGCAUUGGUUUCUACUCCGCCUACCUCGUCGCCGAGAAAGUAAUCGUCACCACCAAGCACAACGACGAUGAACAAUGUUGUUUAUGCGCUCAAGAGACAGGGAAGGACCCUCUAUGGAUUCGGAGGCUGAACAAUUUGUUCUUUUCAAUGGCUUUGGUUCUGUAAUGUAGGAUGUUUCUCUAGUUUUACAUUGGAUAAUAGUUGUAUAACUUCGAUUGGAAUUAUAUCCUGUAAUGUUUCUUCAUUAAAGAUUAUAGCUCAACGUUAAACGUUUUGUCUUCUCCUGCUAAUUUAACACUCCACAGUAUCAUUUUCUAACAGUUCAUCGAUAUAUUUAAGGAUCUCUUGAUUGUUUGAGUUA